AUGUCGCUGCUGCGGCUGCAGGAGGCAGAGGGGACUUUGUGGUGUGAAAUUGAAAAAAUUCAGAAGGGUGAAACAACAAAGAAGGAUGAGGAAGAGAACUACCUGGAUUUAUUUUCCCACAAGAAUAUGAAACUGAAAGAACGAGUUCUGAUACCUGUCAAACAGUACCCCAAGUUCAACUUUGUUGGAAAGAUUUUGGGACCUCAAGGCAACACCAUCAAGAGACUUCAGGAGGAAACUGGUGCUAAGAUAUCAGUGCUUGGCAAGGGUUCAAUGCGAGAUAAAGCAAAGGAGGAAGAACUGCGUAAAGGGGGAGAUCCCAAAUAUGCCCAUCUAAAUAUGGAUUUGCAUGUCUUCAUUGAAGUUUUUGGACCCCCUUGUGAGGCCUAUGCUCUGAUGGCUCAUGCCAUGGAAGAGGUCAAGAAGUUCCUCGUUCCGGAUAUGAUGGAUGAUAUCUGUCAGGAGCAAUUCUUGGAGCUCUCCUACCUGAACGGUGUCCCAGAGCCAGCUCGUGGCCGAGGAGUCCCUGUGCGGGGAAGGGGAGCAGCUCCACCACCACCUCCACCUGUUCCAAGGGGCCGUGGUGUUGGUCCUCCCCCUCCUCCUCCUCCUCCUCGGGGGGCUCUUGUGCGAGGAGCCCCGGUGCGAGGUGCCAUGGCCAGGGGAGCUGCUGUCACCCGUGGGGUCCCACCUCCCCCUGCAGUCCGGGGGGCUCCUGCACCCCGAGCACGUGCAGCUGGCAUCCAGAGGAUACCUCUCCCUCCUCCUCCUGCACCUGAAACCUAUGAGGAAUAUGGCUAUGAUGAUGCAUAUGCAGACCAGAGCUAUGAGGGGUAUGAAGGCUACUACAGCCAGGGCCAAGGGGACACAGAAUACUAUGAUUAUGGACACGGGGACGCACAGGAAACCUAUGAAGCUUAUGGGCAAGAUGACUGGAAUGGAACCAGACCCUCCCUGAAGGCCCCGCCGGCCAGGCCAGUGAAGGGGGCCUACAGAGAGCACCCAUACGGACGUUAUUAAAAAAACAAACAUGAGGGAAAAAUAUCAGUUAUGAGCAAAAACAGUUGUUACUGAUUCUUGUAUCUCCCAGGAUUCCCGUUGCUUUACCCACACCAGACAAGUAAUUGUCUAACUGUUUUUCUUCGUGGCCCUUUUUCUCCCACUCCAUCCUCACCCUGCAUUCUGGCUUCUGUACGUAGUAUUUUAAAAUGAGAUAAAAUAGACUUAGAG